AUGGAGCACGAUAUGGAUGACGCGCAACCCGCGCCGCCUUCCACGGCAGUGUGCACGCAUCGUCUGGUCGUGAGCAGCCCCAGCAAGGACGGCCACGCCAGCCCCGGUUCGCCCGAGGUGAUGUCGGUGCUGGGCGGCAAGGCGUCGUGCCGGCGGAAGUUCGUCCUGCACGUGCAGCUCACGGACGACCAGGUGCGCAGGGGGGGGGGGUCGCGUCACGCAGUGCGCGUGCAGGCAGCAUCUGAUCUGCGCCACACCUGUCCCACGCUCUCUGCCGUUCCCCCCGCCUUCCUCCACUCGCCUCACGUCCGCCUCGACUCCUUUUCCGUGGCCCCGUGCGUGCAGGGUAACCCGGUGAGCAAGGACCUCGCUGUCACGGCCUCGCUCACCUACUCGCACGACUGCAGGUACCCCCGCCCCUUCCGCCCUCUCCCCUCCACGCCCUCUCCGCCCCCCCGCCCUCUCCCCCCCACGCCCUCUCCCCCCCCCCCGCCCUCUCCCCCCUCCGCCCUCUCCCCUCUCCGCCCUCUCCCGUCUCACUCUCCCUCUCAUCAGCCCGCUCUUUCACCCUCUCGAGGAAUACAAUCAUUCAUGCACCUGCUCUUCCUUCUUCCUCCACGCCUCUCUCCUUCCGCCACCUGCUCUUAUCUCUCCUCCUCCCACUCUCCCAUCCCUUACCAUCCCCUUCGCUACUGCCCUCUGCCCCACAACCUCCCUCCCCUCCCCCCCUUACGCAUGAGCAGCGCGGUGAAGCUGGAGGAGGGGCAGGCGAUGGUGGAGCCACCGCUCUUCACCACUUUCAACGGCGUCGAGUUCCCCGCACACCUCCGCCCCUCGCAGAUGCUCGCAGGGCGAGCGACGUUCAAGCUGGCGCUGUCGGUGCUGUCAUCCAAGUGUGACAACCGCCUCUUCGCCGUGUGCUUCACGGCCGCCACGCCCCUCAACGCCCCCACCCCCCUCAACGCCGACGGCUCGCCUCUGCUCGUCGCCCCCGGCUACUCCCGUGCCAUCCGCAGUGCACUCCCGCCCAUGCCAGCACGCACGCAUGCGCCUCAUCUCCAUGCCUCUCCAUUCCUCUCCACCACUCCCCUGCCCUCCGUCCUGCCAGCAUCUCUCGCAAGCGGUCCCGCAACGCUGGCCCCGGCGCCGCUACUGCCAGCAGGGGCGGCGGUAACGGCAAUGCGAGCAGCAGCAGUGCGAGCCACGGCAGUGCAGGGCAGGGCAGUCAUGGCAGCCACGGCAACCACAGCAGCCACGGGUUGCAUCUGGCGUCCAACGGGCUGCAGCUGCCGUCCAAGCUCGCCUUCCUCGCCCCCGUGCACGUCCCCGCCGGGUAACACUCCUCACUUACCCGCGCCUCCCCUGCCCAUCUCUGCUCCACUCGCUCUCCACCGCUUUUGCCGUUCUCCGCCGCUCUUCCACCCUGCAUCUGAGCGCCCGUGCUUUCCCCAUCUCCACUGCCCCACUCAAUCCCUUUCUCUCCCCUUCUCUCCCAUCCCCUUCCUUAUCUCUCCCCUUCCCUCCUCCAGGCCACUCCUCUUCCCGCCGGCCUCUUCCCUCUCGCCAGCACCGCGCCGCUGGCGGGGCAAGGCCAGCCACGAGUUCAUCACAUCGCCGGUCGCUGACGUGGCACACGACCUGCCCUCGUGGCGCAUGUGCCCCUCGCCCUCCGCGCCCCUCCUCUGCCCCUCCCCCUCCUCCCUCCUCCCCUCCCCCCAAGGCCCCCACAAGCCCCGCUCGCUCCCCCCCACGCCCUCUCUCCCCAUCCCUUCCCCCACGGGCGGAGUGGCGCACUCCCCCUCCCCCCGGGCGGCAGCAGCUGCGGCAGCCAUGCCAUCACCGUCGCCACGAGCGUUUUCCACGUCAGCACCAUCGCCAACUGGCACAGUGGGGUCAACGAGCGCCAUGUCAGCACACGGCUCGCCUGCCAUUGCCGCACGACCCUCCCCCUCCCUGCCACCCCGCUCCUCCCCCUCCAUCGCACCCCGCCCCUCCCCAGCUGCACCUUCCCCAGCAGCGCCCUCCCCUGCCCCAUCACCCGCCCCAGUUGCGCCCUCCCGUGCCCCAUCGCCCUCCCUCGACUCAUCCAUGGCAGGCAGCAGUGGCUGCCACGUCAGCAGCGAGCAGAUGAUGAGUCAGGGAGCCACCUACAGCCAGAGCUACAGCGGCUGCUACAGCCGCCCUCCUGCUGACGCCUUUGCAGCCCCAAGCAUGCCGGGGGCUGGAUGUGGGGUGGGCGAGAGAGGGGAGGAGGCAGCAGCAGCAUAUGGGGAAGCGAGUGCAAUGGUACCCACCGGCCAGUUCACCGGCCAGUUCACGGGCCAAUCCGCCGACCAAUCAGCGCUGCUGUACCGCCACGUGCCCCUGCAGCAGAUCCCAGAGCAGCCGGCCGAGUUCCUCGUCCAAUCAGAGCAGUGCACGUGGCAGCAGCCGCUGCAGCACGCAGUGAAGAUGGAGACAGACGGGGAGGAGGAGGGGGAGGGGAUGCACGAGGGGCAGCACCAUGGGUCAGGGGGUGGGCAUGGGCAUGGGGAUGGGCACGCGGAUCGGGAUGGCAAGGAGGGCGUGAAGGGAUGUGGUGAUGGGUAUGCGGCGGACCUGCAAGUGCCAUCGCUCCCUCUCGCCCACAUCAACACCUCCCUGCACCCGCACCACCACCGUCCCCACCACCCAUUGCACCACACCCACGCCCACCACCAGCACCAGCACCAGCACCAACAGCUGUCGGCCCUUCUAUCGGAGGAAUCAUUUCAAGGGAGCUUGUCUCCCUUCAACUCCCCACUUGCGGACCCGCUAUUCGGCCCGCUCAUGAGUCCAUUCUCGCUCUCGCCCGGCCCCGGCCUGCCCGCCAUGCCGCUGCUCGACCCCUUCAAGCUCUUCCCCCCCGCUGCCGCCGCCACCAUCGCCCCCGCUGCUGCCGCCCUGGAACAGUGCGCCUGCUCUCCCCUGCUGGGGGGCGCGGGGGGUGGGGCGCAGGGGGGCGGAGGAGGGGAGGAAGGGGAGGGAGGUGGAGAGGAGGAGGGGUGGAUAGAAGCCCCGCCCCGCCCCUCCCUGCGCGCCAACCAGUCGCUCUCCGCCUUCUCCCCCUACCGCUCCCCCCGCUCCUGCACCAUCUCCCCCUCUUCGCGUGGGCCCAACCUCUCCCCCCUGCCGCGCACCGCCUCCCCCCGCACCAUGUCCCCCCGCCUGCUCUCCCCUGGAAUGCUCUCCCCCCUCGGCCGCGUCCUGGCGCACUUCGGCAGCCCCCGGGGGGCCAUGGGGGCCGCCUUGUGGGGGGAGGGCGCAGGGGCAGGGGGGAGGGCGGGGGGGAAGGAGGGCUUGGGGAUGGACGUGAAGGGGGAGUGGGGCAAGGAGAGCAGCAGUCUGUGA